AUGAUCGUCUGCACGUGGCUGGCGUACCUGCUGGCCCGCGAAGGCGUGGGUGCUCCCUUCCCUGCCGCGAGCACCCAGGACAUCCCCGUGGUGGAGAUGGAGACGCUCUCGGUGCUGGAGCACUGGCUGCGCAAGAUCGAGGAGAAGGCUUCCCGCAUCUUCAGGCAGAAGCUGGAAGGCAGGUCGGAGCGCGAGGCCGAGCACCCGUCGGCCCCCCUCGAGGAGCAGGACUGCGGUGGGACAAGCUCGCAGGACGAGCUCGUCUCCACCGCCAGCUCGCUGGGGCUGUCGCCCAGCCCGUCCUUCAUGGACGACAGGACGAAGAUCCAGUUCCUGAGAUGGAGGCCGGGCUCCGAGGGGCGGCAGGCUGGGACUGAGGGGCGGCGCGGGUCUCGCAGCCAGACGCGGGUGUACCGGGUGUCGAGCAGCAUCCGGGACGAGGCGAUGCAGGAGAGGCUGGGCAAGAUCCGGCAGAGCGUGUCCCAGGUCAUGCUGGAGCCCAUGCAGGACAGCGUGUCGGACACUGACAUCCGGGCCACGCUCUCCAGUGAGGGCUAG